AUGGAAAUUGAGCAAAAUAUUUAUAGAUGACUUAACGACUCAGGAUUUUUGCCACAUCGGUCACAAGGCACGUAUAGCUAUGAAAUUAAUGAGAUCGAGCUAUAUUCUUUACAGUCAGGGAUUGGCUUUAUGAAACUUUUACAAUUAAUUUGAGAGAGAAGAGAAUUUGAUGCUGAGAUUCAUGACAUAAAAUCCUUGAAAAAAGAAACUACGAUGAACAGUAGACUGUAUAACUGAAACAUUUUGAUCGGAGUGCUAGAAUUAAUUGAUAUCUCUAUUGAUUCAGACACAAAAGCUUUGCUUGUUGCUGGUGAUAAAGGAAAAAUCAGGGAUUUACUACGGUGUUUAUAUGACAUCUAUUUAGGAAAUAAUCCUAAUAAAAAUACAAAGCUUACUAUAGAUGGUGCGCUGAUUUUAGAUAAAAUCGAUAUUAAUUUAGAUUUCAAGGAAACUGAAACUUGUUUGGAAUUUUUAAUUGUUUCGCUUUGCAAAUGCUUGCAAAUUAUCCCAAAACAAGCUGCUGGGCUGUUAGCACAAAAAGGGAAAUUACUGUCACAAAUUAUUAUAAAAGGAAUAAAAGGGAAACACGAGCCAGUUACUAUGUGGUAUUUAAUACUGAAAGAAAAUAAUGAACACUUAAUGAGACUUGUCGAGAAGGAGCAAGAAAAUGGAGCUCUGAAUUUAGUUUUAACCAAUAUUAAGCAUGGACUAUACAGUAAGGACUAUGGAACUUAUGAAAAGUGUGUAGAAUUAUUAAUUUUGUUAAAAAAAGAAUGAACGCAGUAUAGAAUCGUUGACUGGUUUUCAGGCUCAGAAAUAAUAGAUGCAGCUAUUAGACCUUAUAUUUUCUUCUUCGAAAACUAUUCUGCUGAGAAAUCUGUAAAUUUACUCUUUGAGUUUGAUAGAAAAAAUCUUUAUGAAGCAUUUGGAGAAAAUCUCAAGAACAGUUGUAAAAAUAUUAAAUUAUUCUAUGAAGUUGUUUUAUCAUUUAUUCCUUAUAUAUCUUCAAAUGAGAAGCUUUCCCAACAGUUCCAUAACAAAGAUAUUUAUUCAUACUGGAUAAACCAAGGCAUAAAUGAAGCUGAAAAAAAUCCUAUGCAAUGGAGCUGCAUUAUAUUUUUAUGUGAGCUGUGGGGCUAUCUAUCCAACCCUUUCGAAAUAAAUGAAAAAACAGCCAAUUUAAUUUUGAAUGCAAUUAAAUAUGGAAUCAGAGAAAAACAACUAAUUAUCAAGUUUUCAUCUUUUACACAAUUAUUCAAGCUUCUGUCAAUAUUUUCUAAAGUAAAAAACUCAUUUGCUCCAAUUGUAUAUAGAGGUUUCCUCUAUAUAGCGCUGAAAGCGCAGACAUUUUCCCAGGAGCUUUCAAAGUUCGUCGGACCAAAUCGCUUUUUGGUCCGACCAAGGCAUUGAUUUGGUGCAACCAACCGAUAAAUUCCGAUCAGAAUUUAUCGGCCUUACAGCGCCAAACAUAGGAAACUUCUAUAUAAAACCCUUACUUUUGCGUUAGUUGAAAACUAUAUGAAUCAAGAUCUGAAAGAAUUUAUUUUUAUUAAUUUUGCACUGCUUUUUGAAGAAGACCAAACUAUUCCGCUAUGCAUUCUGCUAGAUCCACUUAUAAAGCAGUUGCAGCAUACAGAUGGAUUUUAUAAUAUUUCUGAUUUUGAGUUUUUUAUUAGUCUUUCUAAGCACCCAGGAUUAGAAUUAGACCAAGGUUUGGCAUUAACUGAAUUUUUGGGAAAAGUAUAUUAUAAUGAUAUUGUUUAUGCUAAGGCUUCAAGCAUCCCAUUUCUUCUUUUAGCUGGGAGAUUUAUAAAAAAUACCAAAAUGGAAAAAUAUCUUAUUAAAUUUGUGAAAUUAGGAUUAAAAUUGGUUUGCGACCGAUAUAAAAAAAGAUACAAAGAUAGGGAUAAUAUAGAUACAAAUUAUGUGAUUACAAGAAAUAUAGCAUUUUCAAUGAUUGAAAAAAUUAUAUCGAUAAGGCACAUAACUUUGAAUAAUAAAAUCAAACAGCUGCUGACAACAGCGAAUUCAAAUUUGAAAUAUGCAUCAGGAAAGAAUAUCAAAGGAAUUAUGGCAGUUUUAGCUUUAAUAGGGGGAGAUCCAUCUGAAUCAAUCAGCACUUGUGAAGUUGUUCAAACACCCCCAACACGAAAAAGCGAGUUUUCUAGUGAAAAUGCAGAAAAACUUAGCUCGUCUACAAUUCCUGGAAGGAAACGAGCAAUAAAAUAUUUGGAAAAAUUAAAGAGCAAAUUAUCUGAAAGAGAGCUCAUUGAAAAAAAUAACAAAGAACUCCAAACAAUUGAAGAGAAAAAAAUGAUAAAAAAUAUUAAUGAUGAAAUAGAGAAAAGAAGGAUUUUACUGGGUGUCGAGAGUAGAAAGAAUGCAGAUAAUCCUAUAAUUUUUGAUCAGUUACCAAUAUUUGAUGAAAUAAAUCUUAUUGAUAUAGAAAAUGAGACUGAAAGUGAGAAAGAAUUACUGAAAAUUGUAAUACAAAAAUAUAAAAGGGUUGCUAAUUUUUUAUUUCAGAGAUAUAGUCUAGGAUGCAUUAUAGAUCGUUCUGAACUAUCACUUGGUUUGACACCUAAUUGCAUAUCAUAGCUCCUCAAGUUGGCAAGUGAGCCUGUAGUUGUAUUGCUUACUCAUGGAAUUGGCUUGCAAAUUCUGGUGUCAAACCAACUCUACUUGUCGAAACUCCAAGUGAUAGCCCUGGAUUAUCUAUUUUGUCUCCUGGGCUAUACUCAGGACACAAAAAUAACUCUGCUCCAAAAAAUACUUUCGAAAGCUUCAGAGAUGCCAAAUCAGUUAUAACUGAAGCAGAAAUCAGGAAGUUAUUGAGAGAGCAAGGUAUUACAAAAGAAAUGAUUUCAAAUUCUGAAAUAAAAAAAAUUUACACUCAAAUGAUAGUUAAGUUGAAAAUUCCUGUUUUAUCAUACUCAGAAUUUUUUAAUUUUUUGAUUCAAAUUUCUGCCGCUAUUUACUCAAAGAAGCAAAGAAAUUUAUUGGAAUUCCCAUUGGCAGUAUCUUAUAAAGCACUUUUUGAGCAUUUUUCGAAAUAUGCAGAAAAUAAUGGGAUUCCAAAAUCAUAUUAUGAAGACCCAGAUUAUGGGAUCGGAGAUCCAGAGGUAGCUAAAGGCUUGAACGAAAAGCUAAAACGUGAUCCUGAAUAUCCGAUGCCUGAAGGAUACAAGCGCUCAAAGCAAGAGUCAAUGGAAGUUAGCUAUUUUAUUCCAAAACAUCUUGAAAUUCUUGAAAAACAAAAAAUUGCAAUCGAAAUUCUUGACGAAAUUUUCUAUAAAUCAUUUAAAUUUCACUUUUUAGAGCACAAGAUAUCCCUCAAAACUUCUUAUCACGCAAAAGGAUUUGUUUCGAAAGCAGAUGACUCAUAUUGAGACUAUUCUAAAGAUUCUAGAAAUAUAUAUAUGCCGUUUAAAUUCCCAGCUGACCUUAAGCUUCCAUCUGAAAUUAAACUUGAAGCUGCAAAGCUUGGCUCUAUCUAUCCUAACGAAAUCAUAUUAGAAUGCGCAAAACUAGUGGAUGAUUUAUUGUUUUCAGUUGAAAAUAAAAGCUUUACCUUAAUUAGUAGGAUUAAAAAACCCGGCUUAAUUAUUAAUAGAUUUUUGGAACAGAAAUUAAAUGCUGAAAUUUUAGCAAAAGCUGAAGAAGAAAGAAAUGAAAUAAAAAGGAAAUUAAGGCAAGCUGAGCUUGGAGAAAGUCUAAAAGAAUUAAAAUUAAGAAAAGAAGAAAAAACAAAAGAAGAAGAAGCUAUAAAAAAAUUAGAGCAGGAAAAAGAAGCGCUUAAAAAACAAAAAAAUACAGAUUUAUAUGUAAAAUAUAAUAUUGAUAAUGAUAUCAAGCUUAAAGCUUCAAAAAUUACCCAGGAUAAAAAGGAGCAAGAAAUAGCAGAUAAAAGUAAAAAAACUUAUAUGAAGCUCGAUAAAAGCUUCACUCCAGAAAAAAGCCGAAAAGAUUUUUCAAUUAAAAACCGAAGGGCAAAAUCAUCACUAAAUGAAGCCAUGAUUAGAGAAAUUACACAUGAUUCUCCAAUUAAAAAUACGAAUAUAGGAACGAGCUCGAAUUCAUCAAGAAGAAAUAAAGAAAUAAAAGUAUAUAUUGAAGCAGCAAUUGCGGAGAAAAAAGUAAUAGAGACUUUUAACGAGUUUUCAGCAUCAAUUAAAACCCUCCAUGAAUUUUUUUCAGCUAAAAGAGAAGCUGGUAUUGAUUUUACAAAUUUCCAAAAAUUUAUUGCAGUUUUUAAUAUUUUUCCUUAUUUGCUGCCUGAUGAAGAUGCAAUUAGAACUUUUAGAGCUUUGACGUGAAAUAAAUCAGGUUUUUUGAGGCUAAAUAUAAAUGAAUUUAAAGAAGCUUUGCUAAUUCCCCCGUGAGAGAACUAAACUAUUGAAAAAAUCCCUAUUUUUUUCUGAAAACCCUCCUUGAGAGGAAAAAAGACUUUUUUAAUAUUAUAAUUUUUUUUUUUAAAAAAAAAUUAACAAAAUUUUUUUCUCCGCUCACUUAGCGGAGAGUAAGGAUUGCUCUUUUAAGUAUGUCUCCUUUAGAAAAAGAGCUAAAAACUCAGUUUAAAUCAUAUGGAGAUAUCUUAAAAGGCCUCUUCGACUUUAUGUGCAUUCCAAAGGAUGCAAUCCAAGCCUAUGACUUUCUAGAGAAGCUAAGUUCUCAGAAGCGAACUCAAAGCUCCAAAAGCAUGAUGAGAUUCAGAAAAACAUUAGCCGCUGCUGUCAGUCUUAAAUUUUGUUAA